GUGAAUUCAUUCAGCACCCAGGAUAUUUUGGAAAAAGGCUUUAAAACCUGCGUUUAACUGCAGACACAGGGGCAUAUUAAAGUAACGCUAAGAAGUACAAGCGGCAAUUCUCAUCAACAUGAAAAGCACAAAAAAACAUUGUAGGCAGAUUGAUGGGAGAAGAAAAUACUGAACAUCUCUUUACGCUGGAAUAUCGUAAACACAAUCCUAACUGCCACAAAGAAAAGAAAGAUGAGACUGCUCCUGUAUUUUUUGAUACUUUUGGGGUCCAGUUAUGUGAUCUCAACUUAUGGGCCCCGUCAGAGAGCACAAAUGACCGGUGAUAUUUUACUUGGAGGGCUUUUCCCCAUACACUUUGGUAUUGCGUCCAAAGAUCAAGACCUUGCAGCUCGGCCAGAAUCCACACAGUGUAUCAGGUUCAAUUUUCGUGGUUUCCGUUGGCUCCAGGCUAUGAUUUUUGCAAUUGAUGAAAUUAACAACAGCAGCACACUCCUACCCAACAUCACAUUGGGAUACAGGAUCUUUGACACAUGCAACACAGUCUCAAAAGCUUUAGAAGCUACCCUUAGUUUUGUGGCCCAAAAUAAGAUUGACUCACUAAAUUUAGAUGAAUUUUGCAACUGCACUGAUCAUAUCCCAGCAACAAUUGCAGUAGUAGGAGCCGCUGGAUCUGCAGUCUCCACAGCAGUCGCAAACCUGCUGGGUCUUUUUUAUAUUCCUCAGAUCAGCUAUGCCUCUUCUAGCCGUCUGCUGAGCAACAAGAAUCAGUAUAAGUCCUUCAUGAGAACCAUUCCUACAGAUGAGUACCAGGCCACAGCCAUGGCAGACAUCAUCGAAUUUUUCCAGUGGAACUGGGUCAUUGCCGUUGCCUCAGAUGACGAUUAUGGGCGGCCAGGGAUAGAAAAAUUUGAGAAGGAGAUGGAAGAGAGAGACAUCUGCAUUCAUCUAAAUGAACUUAUUUCUCAGUACUUUGAGGAUCAUGAAAUUAAGGCUCUAGUUGACAGGAUUGAAAACUCCACCGCUAAAGUAAUUGUUGUGUUUGCCAGUGCCCCAGACGUUGAGCCUCUAAUCAAAGAGAUGGUCAGGAGAAACAUCACAGACCGCAUUUGGUUAGCAAGUGAAGCUUGGGCAAGCUCCUCCCUUAUCGCUAAACCUGAAUAUCUUGAGGUUAUGGCAGGGACUAUUGGCUUUGCCCUGAAAGCAGGGCACAUACCACGCUUCAGAGAAUUCUUACAACACGUCCAACCAAAAAAGGACAGCCAUAAUGAAUUUGUCCGAGAGUUUUGGGAAGAAACCUUCAACUGUUAUCUGGAGGACAGUCCAAGAGUCCAAGACAGUGAAAACGGCAGCACUAGUUUCAGGCCUUUGUGUACUGGAGAUGAAGACAUAACAAAUGUGGAGACCCCGUACCUGGACUAUACACACCUUCGCAUCUCCUAUAAUGUUUAUGUUGCAGUUUACUCCAUUGCACAGGCCCUGCAGGACAUUCUCACCUGUACACCUGGAUAUGGACCUUUUGCUAAUAACUCUUGUGCAGAUAUAAAGAAAAUGGAAGCAUGGCAGGUGCUAAAGCAGCUCAGACACUUGAACUACACAAACAGUAUGGGUGAAAAGAUGGACUUUGAUGAGAACGCAGACCUGGCAGCAAACUACACCAUUAUAAACUGGCACAGGUCUACAGAAGAUGGCUCCGUGGUGUUCCAGGAGGUUGGAUACUACAAUAUUCAUGCCAAGAGAGGAGCCAAACUGCUAAUUGACAAGACAAAAAUUCUUUGGAAUGGAUACAUUUCUGAGGUGCCAUUCUCUAAUUGCAGCGAGGACUGUGAACCUGGAACAAGAAAGGGGAUCAUAGACAGUAUGCCCACAUGCUGCUUUGAAUGCACUGAGUGUUCAGAUGGAGAGUACAGUAAUCACAGAGAUGCCAGUGUUUGCACCAAGUGCCCAAACAACUCCUGGUCCAGUGGAAAUCAUACGUUCUGUUUUCUGAAAGAAAUUGAGUUUCUCUCCUGGACAGAGCCAUUUGGCAUAGCUUUAGCCAUAUGUGCAGUGCUGGGUGUUGUCUUGACUGCCUUUGUGAUGGGAGUCUUUGUCAGAUUUCGCAACACCCCAAUUGUGAAGGCCACAAAUCGAGAGCUGUCCUAUGUCCUCCUGUUUUCACUAAUAUGUUGCUUCUCUAGCUCUCUAAUUUUUAUUGGAGAGCCGCAGGACUGGACUUGCUGUUUACGUCAACCUGCCUUUGGGAUCAGUUUUGUUCUCUGCAUUUCGUGCAUCCUUGUGAAAACUAAUAGAGUGCUUUUGGUAUUUGAGGCCAAAAUCCCUACAAGUCUCCAUCGUAAGUGGUGGGGACUAAACCUGCAGUUUCUCUUGGUAUUUCUGUGCACAUUUGUCCAAGUCAUGAUAUGUGUGGUCUGGCUUUACAAUGCCCCUCCUUCUAGCUACAGGAAUCAUGAUAUUGAUGAAAUUAUUUUCAUCACAUGCAAUGAAGGCUCCGUAAUGGCUCUUGGGUUUCUUAUCGGCUAUACAUGCCUCUUAGCAGCUAUAUGCUUUUUCUUUGCAUUUAAAUCACGGAAACUUCCAGAAAACUUCACAGAGGCCAAGUUCAUCACUUUCAGCAUGCUUAUAUUCUUUAUCGUUUGGAUCUCUUUCAUCCCAGCAUACUUUAGUACUUAUGGCAAGUUUGUCUCAGCUGUGGAGGUCAUUGCUAUACUGUCAUCAAGCUUUGGGAUGCUGGCUUGUAUUUUCUUCAACAAGGUCUACAUAAUCCUCUUCAAACCCUCUAGGAACACCAUAGAGGAAGUCCGAUGCAGCACUGCAGCCCAUGCGUUCAAAGUAGCUGCCAAAGCAACACUCAAACACAGCAAGACUUCAAGAAAAAAGUCCAGCAGCAUUGGUGGAUCUUCUGCCUCAACUCCUUCCUCAUCCAUCAGUCUCAAGACUAAUGGAAAUGACUGUGACGCCACUUCAGGAAAGCAUACACCAAGGGUGAGCUUUGGCAAUGGAACAGUUACUCUGUCCUUGAGCUUUGAGGAGUCACGGAGGAGUUCCCUGAUGUGA